AUGACUAGGAAUAAGUCUUCUUUGUAUGAGAUCUGUCACAACCUUCCCAAGGUUGAGACGCAUUGUCACUUGUAUGGCACCAUCUGCAAGGACACAAUCUCCUAUUUCAACAACAGGGCAGGCAAGCCUUUCACUGAUGAGCAAAUAGAGCGUUUCUAUAUCAGAGGAACCAAACCAGUUGGGGUCCUGGCAAUUUUUAGAGCACUCGAUUCCGAUUUGAUCAAGAUACCUGAAGAUUUGUACAGGAUCACCAAAGAGCAUCUGGCGGUCGCGAAAAGCCAUAAUGUUAUUUAUAUAGAGCUUUCGUGGAACCCUACGGGAACAGUUUUGGAAUCAAAAAUUCCGUUUGCUUUAGCACAGAAGGCAAUCCAUGACGCUAUGAUAGAUUCGGAGAAAGAGAUCGGAAUCAUGAGCAGGCUCAUUUGCGCUAUUGACCGACAGGCUGAACCAGAAAGAGCUGCACAAAUGCUUGAUUGGAUGCUCAAGUCUCCGUCGCCAAUGACGAUUGGUAUUGGUAUUGAUUACAAGGAAGACGGUUUCCCUCCAGAGCUCUUCGAGGAUACUUUCAAGCGUGCGAAAAGUGAAGGGUACAAGAUCACCGCGCACGCUGGCGAGUUUGGUAUGCCAUGGAAUAAUAUCGAUUUUGUCGCAAACACCAUCCACGCUGACCGGGUUGAUCACGGAUAUACAAUCAUCGACAAUCCAGAACUAGUUGACCAAUUUUUGGAAGAACAACGAUCAAUCAGCGUUGUUCCUACGAAUUCUUACUAUCUCAGACUGUUCGAUCCGGAAGAGUGGGCUCAAAAACAUCCUAUCCGGACGAUGAUUAAGCUCGGGCUUAAUAUCUAUCCAAAUACAGAUGAUCCCUCGUUCCAUUGUGUGGACCCUACGAAAGCUUGGAUGAUGAUGGUGGAAUGCUUUGGUGCAACCAUUCCAGACCUGAAGAGAUUUGCAUAUAACGCGAUUGACAGCGCGUGGGUGGACGAAGAUCUAAAAUCUAAGUGGAAACACGAGUGCAAUAAAUAUUUCGAGUCAUUAUAA